CCCAAUACGCCCUCAAUCUGUUCAACUUGAUACCACUUGAUACGAAAAAGCAUUCUUGGAACAGCUUGGAGUUUAGCGAUACACGCCCUAAAUCACUGAUGCUGAAAGUAGAAGAAUCAAGCCGAUAAAAACACCGGCUUUAUCAUCAAGUUUUAUUGAAUCAGGAAAAGUCGAGCUACACGACCUGAAUUAGAGUGAAUCAGGCUGAUUGAAUAAGAGAGUUUAUAGGCUGGAAAAAUAGAAAAUGUACUGACCGGUGUAAUGUUUCAUGUUUUCUACCGUUUAUCUUUGCCGACACAAGCAGUGAUAAACCUGACAGGCUUUUAAAAAAACCAAUAGAUUAAUCAAUACGGAUGCUAUUUCGAACUUUGUGAGUUAUUUUUUGCAAAUAUGUCGGGAACGCUAAAACCCUAUCUGACAGCAGUUAGGCGUACGCUUACCGCUGCCAUGUGUUUGGAGAAUUUUUCCUCCCAAAUUGUGGAAAAGCACAACAAACCCGAAGUGGAAGUAAGAGCGAGCAAAGAACUGCUUUUAACACCCAUCUUGAUAAGUAGAAAUGAUAAGGAGAAGGUUUUGAUCGAGUCCAGUAUAAACAGUAUGAGAAUAAGUAUUGCUGUGAAACAAGCCGACGAUCUAGAAAAGAUUCUUUGUCAUAAUUUCACAAGAUUCAUGACAAUGAGAGCCGAACAUUUCAUGAUACUCAGAAGAAAACCAAUAGAGGGCUUUGAUAUUAGCUUCUUAAUCACUAAUAUUCAUGUGGAGCAAAUGUACAAACAUAAAAUAGUAGAUUUUGUUAUUCACUUUAUGGAGGAAAUUGAUCGAGAAAUUAGCGAAAUGAAGUUAUCGGUUAAUGCCAGAGCACGCAUAUGUGCAGAGGAAUUCUUAAAAAGGUUUUAAUCCAUUUAUAUCAACUAUUAGCAAUAUGUGAAUAAUUCAAAGAAUCGAACCACACACAACGGAUGUAUUGUGCAUUGAUAUUGUCCAUUGUACAACUUUGAACAAUAACUCUGACAAAAUUAGGAAAGACAUUUUUAUAAAUAUCCAACGAAAUAUAUCCUCCAUAUUGCCACUUGGAUUCCAUGUUAAAUAAAACGUUAUAAAUAUAUAAACAUAAUAUUAUACACUUGCUUCAAAUUC